CAAGCCCUAGAGCUGGAAGCAUCUGCUUCCAAGGCGGCGAUGGCAGCGUUUGCGGCCCUCGAUUCCGCACAUGCACAGGCUGCGGAGGUCGAGGCUCGGCUGGUGGACUGCAGGUCUCUCAUGAUGACUGCGAUCCUCUUUAGUCGCCAUUUUGCUGAGAGGGCAGCAGCCAGGGAAUCAGAGCUGGGGGCACUGGAGAAAACCCUGACUGACAUCAGUACGACUGUCACCAAGAAGAGUGAGGCUUAUCAACUCGCAAAGAAGGAACUCGGGCUAGCUAGGCAAGCUAGGGAGGCCUCAGAUCGGAGGCAGAAAAUCGCAGGGAAGGAAGUCCUGGCAGCAGUGGACAAAGCCAGAAGAGCAGCCAAAAUGUCAUCAGAGAAGAAGAGUGAGAGCCGUAUCAGAAGUCGCAGUCGCUCACCAUACUCAAGGCGGAGGAAGUCUCAUGGCCAUCGACACAGCUCUCCUCUGCGCCCUCAGAGCACAAGGAGGAGGAGGGGGGAUGCGCGAUCACUAUCAAGGUCACGGGGUCAGCGACAUGAAGGCCAUCGCCAUCAAAAGUCUAGCCCAAAGAGGGCGAGCAGCGCAAGCCGAUCUGCACCUCAUUCUGGUUCUUGUUCUGUGUCAAACAGCGAGCGGGAAGAUGUCGGAUCUGGUCUGAAAGACCGAGCAAAGCGACGGAAGGUAGGAGGCGAUAAGAAGGGUGGUGACAGGGGCAGAGAUCCUGCCGAUGUAAGAGAUGAGGAUGUAAAAACAGUCGAUGAUAAGGAAACUGGUGGACAAGCCAAUGGCAAGAAUUCAGACCAUGUAGCGAAAUCUUCAUCGGAAGCAAGGAACGGUGUGAGCAAUGGGUCAAAGGCGUUGGAGGCUUGUGACAGUGCCGGGGGAGGUGCAAAGGAUGCCACUUGUGUCGUUGCUGGGCAAAGUGGUGCAGAUCUCAUGAAAGGGGACAGGAGCACAGAGGCUGACGUGCCCGCAAGUGCCCUUGCUGAUGUUACCAAUGAUCGGGGAGUACGCGGUGUCGAAUCUGAAAGCCUUGGUGCGGUCAAUGCGGGUUCAGGCUUGCCGGGGUCAGCUUGUGUGGAUGAUUCUCCAUGUCCCUCACAACGAGACCCUUCUGGUUCGGAAUCUGACGAUCGGGCAUCUUUAUCACACUCAGUGUCUGUUAUGCGUUCGCACUCCCGCGCAUCUGGGCGUACAUCCAGAUCUGGUUCGAAAUCGGCGUCAGGGAAGAGCUCCACAAAGACAAGGUCAAAAUCAAGGUCGACCCAGAGAACGAGAUCCAGUUCGCGAUCACAUUGCAGUGGAGAUUCAAGGUCGAGCUCAAGGUCUGCAAGCAGUGUCUCGUCACUGUCAAGAUCACCCCCACGUCGUAGGCGCCGCUCCAGAUCAAUUGCUCGUUCGAGGUCUAGAUCCUUGUCACCUGCCUACAGGGGACGCCGAAGAUCCCGCCGCAGAUCGCGGAGUAGGUCAGCCUUCAGAUCGCGCCGUGACAGCCACAGGGAUGAUUAUAAUGCACGGGACCGCAGGUACCGAUCUCCAAGCCGCCGCCGGUAUGCAGACCGGGCCAAACCAGACAGUGCCACACGUGGUCUGUUUGUGACAGCUCUCAAAGACCUGGUUAGAAAACGGCGGCUCCCUUGCAACAUCAGCAUCUUGAACGAUCUCAUGCGAACAAGGGACAAAACUUUCCAUGUCCAGAAGAGAGGGUUCCCAUCAUUUUCAACGAUGUGCGUGGCAUUCGGGCGAGAAGGAAUCGUUGACAUCGAGCAUGCAGGGCAGACGUGGCUGAUCAGGUCCACCCCUUACGAGAGCGAGGCCAGAAGAGGCGCCAUAAGGCGGCAGAGCCGUUCAAGAAGGCGUGGCCGUUCAAGGUCUCGUGGACACCACCGCAGCAGAUACUCACGGUCCCCAUCGCAUCACACAUCUGUGCCAAAGGGACGCUCGCGGCCUGCCAAAGUGCAAUCUCCAGCAGCCAGGUCACGCUCUCAUUCUUCACCUUCGCCAGCCUGGGCAAUGCACAAUGGAAAGGGAGGUCCCUCUGGCACGGAGCCAUCUCAGACAGAGGCGCCGCCGGCCAAAACCUCUCCAGGGAUGAAUGAUCGCUGGGAAAUGGAGUGA